GUCAAAUAUUUAUCAAAAACCGACCCACAUUGCUGUUGCUAUUGCUACGCAAGAACAUUUUUUCUGUGGCAUUCCGUGGACUAAUCAACACCUAUCAAAUCAAAAAACUAAACAAAAAUGGCAUCCGCAAUGUUGAAACGACAAUCAAUGAUUAAGUCAAUCGGAGGUCAAUCUUGGCGGCGGUUUGCAUCAGUUGCAGUUGGGACAGAUCUUGUUUCAGCUGCCCCAAAUGUUUCUUUACAAAAGGCUAGAACUUGGGAUGAGGGUGUUUCUUCAAAUUUUUCUACCACCCCUCUUUCUGACAUUUUCAAGGGCAAAAAAGUUGUGAUUUUUGGGCUUCCUGGGGCAUUCACAGGAGUUUGUACUGCUCAGCAUGUUCCAAGUUACAAGAAGAACAUCGAUAAAUUCCAGGCUAAGGGUGUAGAUUCAGUGAUAUGUGUAUCUGUUAAUGAUCCGUACACCAUGAAUGGCUGGGCUGAAAAGCUUGAAGCCAAAGAAGCGAUUGAGUUCUACGGAGACUUUGAUGGUAAAUUCCACAAGAGCUUGGACCUAGAGUUAGAUCUCAGCUCUGCUUUGCUUGGGCAUCGCUCGACUAGAUGGUCAGCAUUUGUGGAGGACGGCAAGGUUAAGUCUUUGAAUGUGGAAAAUGUUCCGUCUGACUUCAAGGUUUCUGGUGGCGAGGUGAUUUUGGGGCAGAUAUAGAAUGAUGUUUUUGUUAGUUUUACAGUCUAAACUUGGAAAAGGGAACUCCUGAAUAAUGCAAUACAUGUAUUCGACUGUGCUAUAUCAUCUUUCUUUGUAAUUCAUGGGAUACAACACCCAGUAUCACAAAUCAUAAGUGUAACCAUUAGUGAACCAAUCCCAGAAUGAAGAUGUUUUGAACGAA